AUGGACGCCGCCACACAAGAGACCGAGCGGUGGGACGAUGCGUUUGAACUGGAUGCCCACCAGUCCCUGGACCAGAUCUUUGAGCUGCUCCAACGCCACUGCCCGCAGUCGCCUCUCUCCGACAGCUCUGACCAGAGCGACUACUUCCAGGCACGCUCACCCCCUCCUCCUCCUCCCUCUCUUCCUACCAGUCUUUAUUGUACCACGAGAGCAUCCGCAACAACAACAGCACCAACAACACCUGCAGCAGAGGUUGCAAAAAUAUCGUCAUUGUCGCCUGCCUCCUCGGCCUCUUCCUCUCCUCGGGCAAUCGCUGCCUCUGUUACUGCUCCCUCGACCAUUGCCACCUCCACAGGAUCACUUCUCUCUAAAUACAAAUCAGCCGAUGGUGGUGGGGGUGACAAGGACAGUCCGACGCUUUCGACCAAAUCAAUGACCACCAUUACUCAGGAAAUGAUGCUCUCCAACCUGCCGGCAUACACCGGAAUCAUCACCAGGAUCAAUCCUAUCAAGCGCGUCAAGGCAUGGGUCGACGACCUCGAGGAUUUGGAAGUUCCCGAGGAGGAUUUGAACUUCAACCAUGUUCGGUCCAUCCUCGCAAAGUCGGCAUUUAUGCCGGAGACAUUGGAGUCCAUUGACAGCUGGGACACGGACAGCGAACGGUCUCUCACUACCAGUGAUCGUGUCGCCGCGACAGCAGCGGGCGUGGAAGGUCAGCCAGUGUCGCCAAUACCAAAGUCAGGGACCCCGCAUAUACUUCGGUAUCAGUCUGCAGGAACGGCAUCACCAUCAGAAGGUGGCGUCGACGGUGACAAUGUUGAAACGGCAACCGGUGGCCAGCAUGGAGAAUCGGAAAAGAUCGAGACUUUGGACGAUGCCUUCGAGAUUCCCGACGACUUUGGAUCAUUUCGGCUGCGCAUGUCUCCAUGCCUACAGACUCGAUCGGGACCGCAGGAGAUUGUCAGCUACCGACAACAACCCGCCUUACUACAAUGGCGAGACUCUGGAUCGGAUUUUGACGAAUUCGACAUUAGAACACCCCAGGACAGCCACAGCCUCUCGAGUAGCGAAUCAAUAUCAAGGGAGAGCGUGGCCGAUGAUGAUGACAACCUCCUAGAUGGCAUUGAGUUUCCAGAGGCCAUGGAAGAUCUCCGGCUGGUGACGCACCGGCAGUACAAGGUCGAGAUGGAACCCUCGAUAUUUGGGAAGGAGUCUCGACUACAGGAAGAGCAGGACGACUUUUGGGAUGGUCUUGAGAUCAACGACGACGACGCGUUUAAUCACAAGGGGCGCAACAAGAACUUGGUGGUGAGGCCGGUCAUUGCAGGACGGGAACGCAGCAGCUCACGCGUUCAGAGGGAGGUUGUGCCGCUCAAGGACUUUGUUGCCUUACCGUCAAGGAUACCUCGACUUUGCCGAGGACCCACCGAUACCUCCCGACCUGUCACGCCAGCAGCCAGUCUCUCGCGGGCCCAUUCGACACACAUCGACCUGCCUCUUCGACAUAUCUCUUCAAAGUCAUCGCUUCCACGACUAAAACGCAACAGCAUCUCUAGGAAAGAAGGCGCCAGGAUUGGAUCAGGUCUGCCCACAUCAGGACAGACCAUGCUGUACAAUGACAGCAUUUUCGCCUCGACUCCUUCAGUUCCGUCAGCUCCAUCGGCACUAUCAUCAUCCAGGAGGAAUUCAGCACUUGUCAACAAGGACGACCUUCCCAGCUUCAAAGCGGGUACUUUGGCCAUGCGCUCAGUCUCUUUCACAGAGCCCUCGCAGCCUGAACCACCAACAACAACAUUGCCAGUCACAGCCGAAGAGGCAGCAGUCGCUCCCAAACCUCAGCUAUCGACAAACGCCGGAAGACCCUUCUCGAGCCUUCGCACAUUUGUGCGGAGACUGGAUCUCACUCGUCCAAGGUUCUCUAUCCGUGGACAAAUCCCAGCCUUUCACGCGUCCAUCACUGUUCUUCCAGAAUCAUCUGCGGUUCAGGAUUCCAAGGCGUCGGAACUCAAACCCAUCGAGCGAACAACACCCCUGACAGAUGACUUUAACGAGCAUCCUCGCCACCACAACUAUCUUCAACCGAGACCAUCGCUUUCAAGGUCGUCUUCGUUCACAGAUUGGGGCUCCGCUGUCACUUCGACAGAGACAGCCAAGGAGAGCAGAUCGCCAUCCCGUUUCGGUACAUUAUCCCUGGGCGAGAUCUCUGAGGGUGGAUCGACGACGUCGGACUUGGGCGAGAUGGCAGCAACAUCACCCGUGGCGGCCGGAGAAAUAAUUUCGGGGCGUUGGUUCCUGAAACGCUCACCUAAGCAGAGCAUGUUGAGCGACGGGUCCGAGCUGGACCGGAUUGACAACUUGCCAACAUUUGGAUCUGGAGAGCAACAGCUGCAAAAUCAACAAUUGCUGGACAGAGACCGACUGCAGGCUAUGCAGAUGGCAGCGGCAGUUGCAGCGGCUCAGGGGCGACGACAGUCGUUGGAUCGAGUGUCUGCUUGGUUGCGUAAACCUCAGUCGAUGGUCAACCUGAGGGAGAGCCAAAAGCCUGAAGUGCAUCGAGCAGAAUCAGACGUGUCGACAACAAAGGUCCAAAAGGCAAAGUCCAUCAGGAGAUCCCUCUUUGACAUCUUUAGCCAAACUACAGCACCUGUUGAGGAACCAAAGGUCGAGCUGGUGGAAAAGGACAAGGAACCAAACGCGAAGGGACAGAAACUGAAGAAGAAGGCUUUCAGUGGACCAACUUUGAUUCGGGAUCUCUCUCAGACCAAGGUGCGCAAGGUCUCUGGAAUGGUGUUCCAUCCAGAUUCGAAGAUGUGGAACGGGAACGAUCAUAUCCUGAACGAGUUUGAUGACGAUGUGGAGGAAGAUAACGACAAUGGCAACAGCCCCAGACAACAACAGUACACCCCAUCGACAACCACUGUGGCAGCGUUUGAAUCCCCUUCGCCGACAUCUCCUUACUCGCAGUACUUUUCAUUGUCAGCCUACUCGCCCACCGCGAUUAUCCGCCCAGCUUUGAUCUCCAACAUGAACCAGCAUUCAAAGCAGCGGACACAGGUUGCAGGAAAGAUGAUCUUUGAUCCUAGCCGGAUGUGCUGGAUCAUUAACCCUGAGUACCUGACCCGGAAGCGACAAAAGAAGCACGGCAACCAGCAUCAUCUCCACCCUCGACAACCCUCCUUGGACGACACUUGGGGUGACGAACCGGAUGUCUUUGCAGGGAUGAGUGACAGUGACAGAGAUCACGAUGAGGACGAGGACGAACAGGGGAUGGAGAUUCUAGAUAAUUUUUCGCCGACUGCACUAACAUCAACAGCAUUAGCAGGAGCAACGGUCGUCUCUAUAUCGGCGAACAGCAGUCUAGAGAGGAGUAAAGGCCGUCGGUUGAUCUCGCGUCCUUCAUUCCGGAGGACGCCGAGCCAGGAUUAUUUGGCAGAUGAGGAGCGUCUUCAGACAUGGGCUGAGCCUAUGCGACACUUACCUAUGGAUGCGGCAGGCAACGGCAGUGGCGGUGCAGACUCGCGUCCAAAUUCGAUGGGUGUCCAUUCGAUCGUGUCGAAGUCAAGUCGUCGCAGCCUGAACAUGACAGGCGGUUGCUCAAAUGGACUUUUUGCUGGAGGCGGAUACAGCAGCCGUGGCGAGUUUGAGGUUGGAGUCGAGUUUGACAUCACAGACGACUUUCUGGAGCAGUGUAUGGCAACAGAGUCUCAGCACCGAAAAGAUGCCGGCAAGUUCUUUGCGCUCCCUUGCUCUCCUGCUGAACCUUUGCGUUCCACGUCUCGUGAUCGUACGCCACGAAGGAUGCCGUCCAAGGUUUUCAACAAGUUGAGGAGGUCCUCUAACUCAAAUGGCCAUGGAAGCAAGGACAAGGACAAAGAGGAGAUGGAGAAAGAUGAUCUCAAGCAUGGCAAGGAGAUGGUCUCUGCUGACAUUCUUCCAGCCCCUCUUGACAACAAAAGGGAGGCCAGUUUGUCUCCUUCAGCCCCACUACCAUUGUUGUCGUGGCCCCACAGGAUAAAGUCCAAGUCUGUCGUUCAAACCCCCAUCCUCGACUGCAUAGGCCUGCUUCCACCACUCGAGACCCAGAAGCCAGCUACCCUCAAGUCUCUGGUCGUCCAGCCAGAGAAGAAGUCUCACGCCACUGUACCCAACAAGUUCAAGAGUCUUACCUUGGGUCGUGCAGGACUCUUCACUCAUGCUUUGGCGACCCCGCCCGCACAAGCGUCGACAUUGUUCUCCCGCGUGCACACGGGAAACAAAGAAAAAGAGAGCGCUCCAUUGACCGAUCGCAGCAUUGCAGUCCCAUCCCGAGUCCGCAAGAGUUCUCGCGACAUGUUCUUCUCCCAGCGCAUCACGUCGAAAAAACCUCACACCCCAGUGGUAUCCGACCGAGCGACACUCACUUUCGCAGCGACCUUUGCAAUCGCCCGCAAGGGCAGCUCGACCGCAUCCGACCGACGCCGGAUCAGUGCUCAAACCUUCCAUCCAUUAACCAGCACAAAUACAGCCCUGGAUGGAAAAGACGGUAGCAAUGGCAGUGCCAGUGCUAGCAACUCGGGCGAGUGGGGUUUCAAGAGGGAUAGCCGGUUCUUUGCACUGGAUAUUGAUUCAGGCAUUGACUCUGAUGAGGCCGCAGAGGAUGAGGAUGACUGUGAGCGAGGGUAUCGAAAGAUGCCCAAUUCUCGUGGUCGACCGCCGCGGAGGAGUCGAAGCCAGCUGAUCAUGGAGUUUGCCCAGCAUUCAGGGCCUGGCUACCGAUUCUAA